UCCUGGCGAACGUCACUUCUGCAGCCAACACUUCGCCGCUGCACCCACCCAUGAGCGCGCCCAACCUGCGCCGCCUGAUGGCCACAGCCGUGGAGGCCAAUCCCGAUCAAGCUAGACCCCGAUGAGACGAGGAGGCGACUGCGCUGUUCAGAGGCGAGAAAAAAAGUGAGUGCCGCGGUUUGAAGCUGCACCCCCGCCACCACCAGCACACACAAGGCGCCCCACCCGUGUAUCACAGGGGCGGACAAGUCCGUGGAGGACCAUCUCGUGCUGCAGCGCGCAGUCGGUCGACUCCCUCCCUCGGCAUGGCCGAUGUGGCCGAUGAAGUCGAGCGGCCUCCUGGUGACGGCGCGGGGAAGCAGAGGAGGGACGGUGGUCAAGAGGACCGGCAGGAUGGCAUCGAAUCACCACUCAUGUGUAGGUGGUGGGAGGGAGGCAAGGGAACGGUGUGCAUGUCGUCAAUUCACCUUGUGUCUCUCUCUCUCUCUCUCUCUGUGUGUGUGAUGUGUGUUGCGUCGAUCAGGUUUGGGGGGCACUGCAGAGCAUCUCACCAGUUCGUCAAGUGCUGCGGCAGCAUCCACUGGCCACCCGCAAAGGUCGCACACCCGGUCGGCAUUCGCCGCAGCCACCAGCAAUGGCCAGGAGGACCUUGUGGCACAGCUCCAGGCGCAACUUCUGAAGCUGACAGAAGAAACAGCAGAGAAGGUGGGAGGGAUGGAGGGAAGGGAAGGAAGACACCGCCGGCUGUGUACGUACACCGAUUGAUGCGCGCCGAUUGGUCACACGCCUCUGUUUGAUGCGACCAGGAUGCACUCAUCGCGGCGCUGCAGGCCCAAGUGGGCGAGAUCACGGGCAAGGCCGAACGCGUCAAGAUUGCCUACACCAAGCAGGUGCCAAGCAAGGAAGGAAGGACACACCGUCAUAUGCAUCUCCCCUAUGCAUCUCCAUACACUGCGCCUGAAGACUCGUCUCGAGGAGACCGACCGAGAUCUGACGCGUCAGGCACAGCGGGUGAGUGAGAGGACGUCCGUCAGCAGCUGAAUGCAAGGUCGAUGCAUCCACCCAUGGACGCGUCUGUGCUUGGUUGGCUGGUGCAGGUGUGUGAGGAGGAGCGGCAGCAAUCGGCGCAGCUGCGAGAGCAGGUGGAAGUCAUGGAAGCAAAGGUGCACAGAAGCUGGCACACAGACAGGGUCAUUCAGGCACUGAUUGAUGUGUCGAUGGCCCAUGCAUUCAGAUGGCCCAGCUGGAGCACGACCUGAGAGAGAAGGUGAGUGACACGGGUGUGUAACACCAAGCCACAUCCAUCCAUCCAUCCAUCUGUUCUGUGUGUGUGUGUGUGUGUGUGUCAGGUGGCAAAAGAGGCCGACGUCUUGAAGAAAAUGGAGCGUAUGAACAAGGACUAGCGUCAAAAGGUGGGUGGGAUGGACGGAUGGAUGGAUGGGCGGAGGUGUAGACGAAAUGGUGAAUGCAUGGCACCAUCUACUUUCGCCUUGCAUGUCUCUCUCUGUGUCUGCGUCUGUGUGUGCAGACACGGCAGGCGGAGCAUCUCGAGCUCGACGCCCAAGCCAGCAGCCGCGAGUGGCGUGAGUACAUCGGCCUCCGCCGCCGCGUCUUCAAUGUCAAGGCCAGGCGGCUCCACGCCAGUAAGCACACCCCGCCAGCCAGCCAGUCGACACACACGGGGCGGGAGAGAGAUUGAUGCUCGCAUCCUCCAAUACUCACAUGUUGUGUGUGUGUCUGUGUGUGUGCCGCUGGUGCUUCAGAGUUUGAUAAGUGGGAAGCCGCCCAGGCCGAGAUGGCGUCCCGCGCCGCCAAGGAGUUCCGUGGCCUGCAGGCUCCUGGCACGCACUAACACACACCCCCAUAGCCACAGCCAGACGGCCAUACAUCCCCUCCUCUCUCUGUGUGCCUGUGUGUUAUCCUUCCCUCAGCUGGGCCCUAUGUGCAACUGCCCCCACCGGCCUUCGCCGCGGCCAGCCUGCCCCCGCCUGUGGUGCCGCUGCCGCCGGCGGGGACAUUCGCCUUGGAGAUGUUCGCCCUCCUGCCGAUGGCCGAGGUCCCCCGCAUGCUGCACCACAUGCCGGAGUUCGUGCACAUGGCCUUCACGCAGGAGCUGAGCAUGGCCAUGGGACUCGAGUGAUGCCCGUCAGCGGUGAGUGAGUUGGGAGGGAGGGUGGGGUGGUCACACACACACACACGCACACACACAGAGAGAGAGAGAGAGUGUCUCAGCCGUGCUCAUGGUCUCCCCUGUCUCUGUGUGCUGUCUGCAGGGCCUGUAGAUUAACUGUGCUGUUCCGUUAGUGGUGCUUUCUCAAGACUGUCUGUGUGCCGCGCCCCCUAGCUGCCCACUUGCCGCUCUCGACUUGUUGCCUCUUGGAGUGAUCCGCCGGGGUCGGGGCGGCAGUGGGCGGGGGCAGCGGCACCAUGAAUGACCGACUGACUGACUGACUGACUGACGGGAUGGAUGGAUGGCUGUAGUGUGGCUGGCUGGCGCUGUUUUGUCUGUUUCUAGUGAUGAUGUCGGUGUGUGGGUGUGAUGUGCUGGGGGUGUGUGAGGGUUUCUCCG